UAUAUAUAUAUGCAAUUUAAUAUUGAUAAAUUUUUAGUAAUCGACUUUUGAAAUGUCGCUUCUAGCGAUAUAGUUUGUAACUAAAUUUAAAUAAACCGUUGAAUAGCUAUUUUAAGGUUAGUUUUCGUAAUCGCGAACACGUGUGAUUGAUAGUUUUGUUUAUGUUUUCUUAAAAAUUACUUUAUUUUUCGUUAAAAUUAAGAAAAUUUGAACAAAACAUGAAUGCCAUAUGUGCUAUAUGUCGGGAUUCUAUUUUGUCAUGUAGAAAAACGGUAGUUUCAAACAAGUGUGGACAUUUGUACCAUUUCGUAUGUAUUCAAGAGUGGUGUAAAAGUUCCCAAACUUGUCCACAAUGUCGACAAAUUUGUAUAAUGGUAACAAAAGUGUAUUUUAAUGUUUCUCUUAAUGAUUCAAUAAAUGAUUAUGAAGAAUUAGGAAAACAAGUAGAUGAAUUAAAAACAAAAAUUUUGGAAUUGGAAAAAAGCAAUGCUAUUUUAGAGAAAAGAAAUCGAUUUUUGGAAAAUUUUAGAAAUCGAACUAAAAAAAAAAUGUACAAAGUUGCCGAAGAAUCAAACAAUACUUCAAUUGCGAAUAAAUCUGGCAUAUGUUUACGAUCUGGACGUGUUCUAAAGCGAAUUAUUAACCAAUGAUAUUUAUUUAAAAACAUUGAAGAGAGAAUUGAAUUAAAAAAGCCUUGAUGUUAAAAUUUUAAAUGAAAAGAAAAGGCAUAAAUCGUUAAUUAUUGUGAUAAAAAUGUUGCAUCGAAGAACAAGUUUUUGUAUUUUGAUGAUUGUUGGUUUAAUUAUAACAUUUAUUCAGAUGUGGUUAUUUAAUAAACCGGCGAAUACAAAUUUUAAAGAUAUUAAGAAACCGAUAAUUUUAUGGUGGAAUGAUUUUGGAUUUAAUGGUUUUAAAAGUUGUGGACAAUUUAUUUGUUAUUUUACACAGGAUGAAAAUUUUCUAACACAUUCCUUUCUCAAGGCGAUUAUAUUUUAUGGCAGUUCCAUGGAAUAUCGAAAUUUACCAAUUCCAAGGGGGAAAAAUAUACAAUGGGGUUUAUUGCACGAAGAAUCACCUCGCAAUAAUCCAGCAUUUGUUUACGAUGAUUUUUUGAAUUUAUUUAAUUAUUCGUCAACAUUUAGUCGAUACAGUGAUAUUAUCUCAUUACAAAUUCCAGGAAUUGAUGAAUUAACAAGUAAAAAAUUCUAUUUUUCAUUUGAAAAGAAAGAGAUUUUAAUGAAACAAAAUGAUUUAGCACCAUUGCUUUAUAUUCAAUCGAAUUGUGACACGACAAAUGACAGAGACGAUUAUAUUGCUGAAUUAAUGAAAUAUAUUCGAGUCGAUGCCUAUGGUUCCUGUUUAAAUAAUCGUAAAUUACCAGAAAGUUUACAAAUUGAUCAUCUUCGCACUUUAUAUGACGAUGAAUUUUAUAAUUUUGUGGCCAAAUAUAAAUUCACUUUAGCUUUUGAAAAUGCAGAUUGUGAGGAUUAUAUUACGGAAAAACUUUGGCGACCACUUAUUGUUGGUUCUAUUCCAAUUUAUUAUGGUUCGCCGUCUUUCAAGGAUUGGCUACCAAAUGAAAAAUCUGCCAUUUCAGUUCGUGAUUUCUCUAGUCCAAAGGAAUUGGCGAAUUUCAUUGAAAAAAUAUCAAUCAAUGAAACUUUGUAUAAUGAAUAUUUAUCACAUAAAUUAAUUGACAAAUUUUCAUCUCUCACUAAUGAGCGACUUAUCAGUUUAUAUCGUGAUAAACCAAAAGGAUUUGAUUUUUACGAUAGUCUCAAUGAAUUUGAAUGCUAUAUUUGUAAUGCAAUAAAUAAUGAAAAUAAAAAUCGAAAAUAUAUGAUGACACGAAAACAAUUAAAUUGUACACAGCCAAUAAGUGCACUCACUCAAAAAGUAAAUCCAAAAAAUAAAUGGCACAAUUGGUGGGCCAAUGGUAAAUGUGAGGCAAAAUUAUUAGCCUAUCAUGUUGUGAAUAAUUUGAAAAUUAAUGAAACUAUAUUUAGUGAGGAAACUGCGCGAAUGUACCUGAAUAAUAAAUGUUAGACGAUAUUUUAAAAUAAUUACAUAUAUAAUUUUUUAUAACAUUUUUUAUAAAAAGAAGAAUUAAAAUUACUAAAAAAAAAAAAAUAAUUAUAAUGAAACAACAAAAUUUUCAAAGAAGUAAGAAACAAUUUUAAAUCUAAAUCUAAUUUGUAAAAUUAUUGUAAGCUCAAAAUUAAUCUUCGAUUGUAAUUUAUAAAAUUGUUUAUAAAAAAAAAGUUCAUAUUUUAAUAAAUAAAAUUUGUUUUACUAGCGUUAUUAAAUUUAAUUAGAAAAAUUAAUAAUAAAACAAAAUUAAUGAUAUAAAAUAAGAAAAUAAUUAAUUGUAACAAAAUAUGAAAUUAUUUUUAUUAAUUUUACAUUUACAAAGUUUACAUUACAGUGGAAUCUCAAUAAGUCAAAAUUUAAAAAAAUUUUUAACUUGAAAUAAUUUUAAUUUCUCACCAAGAUAUAAUUUGAAUUUUACAAUUUUAAAACUAAAUUUUCGAUAAUUUUCUACUUCGAAUUAUCAACGUCCCUAUUGUAAUAAAAAUUAAUAAUCCUGGUCAAUUAUUUAAAAAACAUAAUAAAAAAAAUUUUAUUUUAUUAAACAAUCGUUGAAUUGUGCAGUUUUAGAAAAGCGAAUUAUUUUCAAUAAAUCGAUAAACAAUUUACAAUAAUGAGUAUUUGUUUUUAUUUGUUAUUAGUAGUAAAAAUUUGUUUUUUUUUAAAUAACUUUAUUAAUUGUAUAUAUAUAUUUUUUU